UUCACGCAUAUUAUUAUAUUUAUUAAACGGGAAUUGGGGACUUUAUUCAAUGGGGACAAACUGGACGAUCCAGACGAUCUACGUCUACAAACAUCACUUGCCAGCCGCUGGUGAUACGAUUGUGGGCUCAUAGUUGGUGGUUAUAGCAACAGCAGAACGACAACUUUCAAAAAUACUUCUUUUUUAUAGCUAUCGUAACAAAACGUUGCUUUCUGUAGUUGUAAAAAAUAGUAUUUUGAAAAAAUGUCUCGUUUUAGUGGUGGUCAAAAGGCAUCCAAUCCAUCCAUUGCAUUUGGUUCAACGCUCAAUCGUAAACUAUUACCUUUAAAUGUGCCUCCUACAAGAUUUGGUAAUAAGUUAAGAAUACCUCGAGCGCCAAACCUCGGUCCUGGACGAUAUGACAACGACGAAGUAAGUACGUUUACUUAUGCAAUGGAUCAUCGACCUUGUUGCAGUAAAGGAUAUACUCUUGGGGCUAGAACUGCUCAUAGAUUUGGUAAAUCGUUACAUCUUAACACUCCAGGUCCUCAAGCAUACCAAGAGAUCAAUGGUAAACCAUUAGAAAUCUCUCCAGCUUUUCGUCCAUUUCAAUCUGGUUCUUCACGUUUUCCACCUGUACACUCAAAGAAACAGAAGAAUGGAGAACCAGGUCCAGGGACGUAUGAACAUAUGGUUGUAAAGAAUAGGAAAUUAAAAUAUCUUGGAUCGUUUGGUGGUCCACAAACUUUGGUCCUUCCUGUACGAACUCGUAACCAUGAAGGAACUAAUGUAAAACUCCGGUUGAUGACAGAGAAAGAUGUGAAGAAACUAAGACAUAAAGAAGCUUAUCUUAGUCUGUAUUUCUGAUAUCUUAAAAAGUCACUUUGAAAACAAAAUUGGUUAUGAUAACGAAUUCAAUUGUGUAACAAGUCUUGUUCUCAUCAGACUUGAUGUAAUGGGAUUGAAACAUUCAUUUUGUUCUGCACUUUGAACUCUUUGGAAGAUAUAUGUUUGGAUGAAAAAAAAGGUUGCAAAUACCCUGAAA